GACAACCCUGUCAGAAUUUCGUAAUUCGAAUCGAGCUGGUGCAAUUUCACCCGGCGGAGAGCUGAAGAAAAUGUCCGCAUCGACGGAUCAGGAUCCCGUGGAACUGAUGCUCAAGAAGACCGGCUGCAUAGAGCUCCACUACAAGGUGCAGGAGUGCAUUGCCGAAACGGGAGAUUGGAGGGCUUGCCAGGACAAGGUGAAGGAGUUCCGCGCGUGCAUGCAAAAGUACGUGGAGCAGCAGAGCCAGAAGUAUGCCAACGUCAAGUAGCAUCCUGCAGAAGUUCCUCAACAGUAGUGUGGCCUUCGGCAAGUCCACCAAGCUGGCGCUGGUGGUCCGUACCGAUCUGAAGAUGUCCAAGGGAAAGACGGCGGCCCAGUGCGCCCAUGCGGCAAUCAUGUGCUAUCAGGGUUCCGAACAGGGCACAAAACUGCAGAAGGCCAUCCUGCAGCGAUGGUGCCGCCUGGGGCAACCGAAGAUCGUGCUGCGAGUGGAUAACUUCGAGCAGCUGAGCUCCCUGGAACUGCAGGCUCAGCAGGCGAACGUGGUUUCCGCUUUGGUGCGGGAUGCCGGACGAACGCAACUGGAAUCAGGAACGGCCACCGUACUCGGCUUGGGUCCUGCGCCCGCCGAGGAUCUGGACAAACUAGUGGCGCAUUUGAAGCUCUUGUGAACUCUUAGGUUUAUGUAACGUUACAAAUAAAGUACAAGUAAUCAACAA